UAAGGGGCGCUUGGCUGAUAGACGGGAGAGAACCGAGCGUAGUAUAAACCACGUGGGUUGAUGUUGUUCCCCCGUUCUCAUGUCAAUAUGUUCUUGAGCCAGGCACACACGUGUGUCUUUUAAGGUUAAUCGAACCGUGCAUCUAAUCUGUGAAAAAUUGUGUUUUCCCCAAGAAUUUUCCUGCAGGAGACCCAAAUUACAAGUGGUCUCUUCCAAUGAUGCUGGGCAAAUUUUGAUUGUAUUUUUUGGUUGAUCUGGAACUCGAACCGACUAAAAAGUGGUAAACCCAUUUAAAACAUAUGUAAUUUUGUCUCGACGACAAAAAAAAUAUUCCCAUUCAAAAAGAAUGCAUGCCUCGGGUUUUGAAAUGCAGUAUAUUUGUGACAUCCGCUCAUGAGUUGCAUGUGAUUUUUCACAUGAGUUCAGUUGUUUCAACUCGAUCAUUUAGAGCUUCUCAGUCACAUGCCAUCAAUGAGGAGUCACUGAGUCAAAUUCCUCUGGUGGACUAUAGACGGGGGUCUCGUUUUAGUCAAGUACUGCAGAUUGGCAGCGUGGAGCAGAAUGGGUCAUACGAGGGAGCCGUGGCCAUCCUGGAUGCUGGCGCCCAGUACGGGAAGGUCAUCGACAGACGUGUGCGGGAGCUGUGUGUACGCUCCGAGAUCCUCCCGUUGGAGACCCCGGCCUUUGCGAUUCGAGAACAAGGUUACAGGGCAAUCAUCAUUUCAGGGGGACCUGCGUCUGUGUACGCAGAGGAUGCACCAUGGUUCGACCCUGCUAUAUUCACCAUAGGAAAGCCUGUCUUGGGGAUUUGCUAUGGAAUGCAGAUGAUGAAUAAAGUUUUUGGCGGUACAGUUCACAAAAAAUGUGUAAGGGAAGAUGGGGUGUUCAAUAUUGGAGUGGAUAACACCUGCUCACUCUUCAGAGGCCUCCAGAAGGAGGAAGUGGUUCUGCUGACCCACGGAGACAGUGUGGAUAAAGUGGCCGAUGGCUUUAAAGUGGUGGCCCAGUCAGGAAACAUCAUUGCUGGUAUUGCCAACGAGCAGAAGAAGCUGUAUGGAACUCAGUUUCAUCCCGAGGUCGACUUGACAGAGCGUGGCAUGGAGAUGCUCCGCAACUUCCUCUUUGAGAUUGCAGGAUGCCCGAGCAACUUCACUGUCCAGAACCGCCAGCAGGCCUGCAUCAGUGACAUCAUAGAAAAAGUCGGCAAGUCCAAAGUGUUGGUGUUGUUGAGCGGUGGCGUUGACUCAACCGUAUGCACAGCCCUCCUUAACAAAGCUUUGAACCAGGACCAAGUGAUCGCAGUUCACAUUGACAAUGGCUUCAUGAGGAAGCGGGAGAGUCAGAGUGUAGAGGAGGCCCUCACAAAACUGGGCAUCAAACUCAAAGUGGUGAAUGCGUCACACACUUUCUACAAUGGAACAACAACACUUCCCAUCUCGGAGGAGGACAGAACUCCCCGGAAGAGGAUCAGUAAGACCUUGAAUAUGACCACCAACCCCGAAGAGAAAAGGAAAAUUAUUGGGGAUACAUUUGUCAAGGUGGCAAAUGAGGUGAUAGGAGAAAUGAAUCUGAAACCAGAAGAGGUUCUUUUAGCUCAGGGUACCCUGAGACCAGAUCUCAUUGAGAGUGCCUCUCAUCUUGCCAGCGGGAAGGCAGAGGUCAUCAAAACACACCACAAUGACACAGAGCUCAUCCGCAAACUCAGAGAUGAGGGAAAAGUCAUUGAACCAUUGAAAGAUUUCCAUAAAGAUGAGGUCCGAGCACUCGGGAGAGAAUUGGGCCUGCCAGAGGAGAUAGUCUCGCGGCAUCCUUUCCCUGGUCCCGGUCUGUCCAUCAGAGUCAUUUGCGCAGAGGAGCCGUACAUUUGCAAAGACUUUGCCGAAACCAAUAACAUCCUCAAAAUUGUCACAGACUUCUCUGCUAGUGUCAAAAAGCCACAUACCUUGCUGCAGAGGGUCAAGUCGUGCAUAUCAGACGAGGAGGAAGAGAAGCUCAUGCAGAUCACCAGCCUUCAUUCACUUAAUGCCUUCCUGUUGCCCAUCAAAACUGUUGGCGUCCAGGGAGAUUGCCGCUCUUACAGUUAUGUGUGUGGUGUCACAAGCAAAGAAUCACCUCAUUGGGAAUCUCUAAUGUUCCUGGCCAGACUGAUCCCUCGCAUGUGCCAUAGCAUCAAUAGAGUCGUCUAUGUGUUUGGGUCCCACGUGAAGGAGUCACCAAUCGAUAUCACUCCGACUUUCCUGACCACAGGUGUUCUAGGCACGCUCAGACAGGCUGACUUUGUUGCUCAUUCUAUCCUCAGAGAGUCAGGCUACUCCGGAAAGAUCAGCCAGAUGCCAGUCAUCCUGACGCCCCUGCACUUUGACCGCGACCCACUGCAAAAGCAGCCAUCCUGCCGACGCUCUGUAGUGGUCCGCACCUUCAUCACCAGCGACUUCAUGACAGGCAUUCCCGCCACGCCGGGCAACCAUAUACCAGAGGAGGUGGUGCUAAAGAUGGUCAACGAGAUCAGAAAAAUCCCAGGCAUCUCCAGAGUCAUGUACGACUUGACCUCCAAGCCACCUGGCACCACAGAGUGGGAAUAAAAAAAAAUGAAAAAAAAAAAAAGAAAUUGAAAAAGAAAUAACAUGGCAGUAAUAGUAGACACAAACACACACACACACACACAAAGAUGCAGUGCACAAACAAGUUAUCAGCGAAGGCUGGUGAACUCGUCACAACCUUUCAUCUCCUCCGUACGCCCCCCCCCCCCUUUUUCGUCAACAUUCCCAAGGACGACAGACUAGGCAUCCCCGCUGUGAUUGGUGCUCCUUUAUCCCCUUGUCUUAAUAUUUUUGGUGAUCAGUAUUGAUGAUGAUUUUUUUUUUUUUUUUUUUUCCACGUUCAAAAAUCUUUAAAAAGUUCUUGGUUCCCUUUUGUUGUGACGUCUACCUUCACAACGGAGCGACAAGAUGCUGUGAACAUUUUAGGUUGUGGAUGUUUCAUUGCGGGAUGAGCACAGAAUAUAACCUCGAUUAUGAAAAGAGCAGAAAGAAAUUUGGUUCAUCCCCUCCCCCCCCCCCCGGCCCUCACUUUACACGCACCCCUUUUGUCAAAGGUUGUCUUCUUGUAGUGGGUCCGAAUGUGUUCAUCCACUUAUUUUCCACUUUCUACCUGUAUACUGUGCUUUGGAGACGGUCGGUCGGCUGUCAGACGUGGCGUGGAACCGGCCGCCCCAUACGUGUGACCAAUUAACAUUUUGUAAGGUCGUUUUUUUGCCAAAAGUUCGAUGUUUGUCUUCAGCACCCCCUGGUGGUCAUCACGGACAACAUCCUUACCAAUAUACUAUAGUUCUGUGGUCCCCAACUACCGGACCGGUCCCGGGCCGUGAUUCAUCCUUCUGAAAAUUAUGUUUUAUUGCAACCGUUAACUCUCACGCGCCAGGUCUGCUCUGCUAAAAAAAAAAAAAUGCAGUUGUAGGCUUCUGCUGGAGAAAGGUCGAAAUACUUUCACUGAAUUAAAAGAUUAUCGCCACUGAGGAGCUGCAGAUCUGCAACAUGGCAACUCUAAACCGGUCCGCGGUGCAAAAAGGUUGAGGGGACACUGCUGUAGUUCGAUUGAAGCGCUGCAGGAGGCCUCAUGGGUAACUUUAUAUGUGCCUGUUUUUUAAUUUGUUUUGUUUUGUUUUCCUCUAAUGUGAUAAUAUUUCUGGACUCAGCUAUUUCCAGAAUACAAUACAAUCCGUUUUCCUCACUAGGCUGCAAUCUGUGGGCUUUUUAAACCCACCAUAAUCAUUUGUGAGAUGUGGGUCGUCUUUUGUUGCUGCUCUUUGCACAUUUUGUUCCUUUUUUUUUUUUUUUUUUGAACGUCAAGCUUUCAGGCUUCCAUCGACGUAAGCCAGUCGUUGGGAGGAGCGGCCAUGUUAGAUGCUUAACUGUGGUGUGUCACAUGUUCCAUUUAAAACUGCAAAUGUUCUUCUAUUAUGGAUCGACGACUAUAAUUCAUCCUCGCCAUCUAAAUGUUGCGCAGCUCAGGUUUAACUGAGUUGGAACCAAAUCAUGGUCAAGGCGGUUCUGUGCCUCUACGCCCAGUGUCACUUACGUCAGAGUAAAUCGUUUCGACACCAUUUUGUGUCUCCGUCUCGCUCAUCUGCCUUUUAGUGUAUAUUUUUUGUCAUGCCUCGGUGGAAAAGAGCGGCAUGAUCUCGUAAACAUCUGUAAUUGAAUUAAACUGCAAUAUCCGCUGUUAUGUUAUGCAAUUCCAUAUCUGAAGGUCUUUUUUUUUUUUUUUGGGGUCAUAUUUCGUUAGUAACGUGCCUCAAACCAAGCCACUGCAUGCAGUUUCAACAAUGAUGAAAUUUAUACGACGAAAACUGAGCUUUAAUAAAGAUCUC